AUGGCAGACAAUGGACUGGUGACAUGUGAAUUACCCAUCAAAGAAGAAGUUCAAGACAUAGCCCUUACUGGGGGGAAUUCAGUCUUGCUGCAACGGAGCUGGCUGAAAAUCUGCCUUGCAGCACCUAGGCUCCGCCUGCAUGGAGCGGAGCCGCACAAGCGCCUCCAGAUGGCGUCUUAUCCCGGCUCACCUGGCUUAGGAGGGAGGAGCGAAUCCUUCAUGGGUGUGUGUAUGGGAACUGUUGAGUCAGGGCCUGAACGCAAAGCUACUUCCAAGCCAACAGUGAGCGACUACAUGGAGACUGUCUAUGACAGUUGGUCAGACCUACAGGAGGAACCAUUGGACAGUGCUGAGGAUUCCUGGAUUCAUCGACAGCAGCAGUUUUGUGAGACAAGGAAAUUGUGCGGCUCGCAGCGGCGGGUGGCCCUGAAGAGCCCGCAGGUCGCCUGCAAGGCGGCCUCGGCCGUGCUGGUGAAGACGCUGCGCUUCGUGCAGAACGUGCCCUGCUUCCAGGAGCUGCCCCUGGACGAGCAGCUGGUGCUGGUCCGCAGCUGCUGGGCGCCUCUGCUCGUGCUGGGUCUGGCGCAGGAGCGGGUGCACUUGGAGACGGUGGAGAGCGCGGAGCCCAGCAUGCUGCAACGGAUCCUAACCACCCGGCGGCACGGCGAACACACCCGGCCCCGGCGCAGCACCGCCUCGGCCGGCGAGAUCCAGGCCAUCAAGGGCUUCCUGGCUAAGUGCUGGAGCCUGGACAUCAGCACCAAGGAGUACGCCUAUCUCAAGGGGACGGUGCUCUUCAACCCGGAUCUACCUGGCCUGCAGUGCGCACAGUACAUUGAAGGACUGCAGAGGGAAGCACAAGAAGCUCUAAAUGAACAUGUCAGACUCAUUCACAGAGGUGACCAAGCCAGAUUUGCCAAGCUGAAUGUUGUUCUAUCCUUGUUACGUUCUAUUAACGCUAAUGCGAUUGCUGAACUGUUCUUCAGGCCCAUCAUUGGAUCAGUGAACAUGGAUGACAUGCUUUUGGAAAUGCUUUGUGCAAAAUUAUAAAGGUGUGUAAAGUAAUGAAAAUAAAUCCAAUGCAGAGGAACUCUUAAGAGCAGAAUAGUGUAAAGUACUGUAAAUAAACUAACUUAUUGUUUUUACAUAGAUAGUAUUUUUGUAUUCAAUAAUAAAAUAGUCUUUAAGUUCUGGAAUUUUUAUUAAACACGGUGUUUUUGCAUUAAGACUAUUAAAGUCAUCAGAAUGAGAUUUAAUGUUGCAAAGAAUAUUCAUGUCUCAAGUCAACUGGCUAUUCUUUUACCAUGUCUAUGAAUAAAGAUCAUACAUACUACAUUGUA